AUGAACACGGCAGCUUCCUUUACUUCCAGCUUUCUGGAUGGCGGUUCUCCAUCACGCCAAUCGCCCAGCAGAAAGUCGUCCCAUAAGCCUCAGAGGUCCAUUGUUCGCGAUCCAUACGACAGCCCCGGACGGCAGCUCGCCAUUGAAUUCAACCUGCGCCUCAGCAUUUCAGAUCGCGACUUCAAUGAGCGUCUGGACCAAGCAGCCGCCGAGCGCGCCCGGCUCCAUGAAGAGCAACUCGCGAGAGCUGCCGAAGAGCACAAAAGAGUCCUCCAGAGCGCUGAGCUGGAGGUGCAGAGAAUCACCCUAGAAGAAGAGCGCGCACAAGCUCGGAGACUAGAAGCGCAACACCAGGAAAUCGAACGACUCAAGCGCGAAAAGGCACAGCAAGAAGCCGAGGCUCAGCGAAGGGCGCUGGAGGUCAAACAGCGCGAGGCCGAGGCAGCGCGACAGGCUCAAGAACACCAAAGACAGCUUGAGGCAGCAGAGGCUCGGAUCAAGGCUCAGCAGGAGCAGGACGCUGCCGCCGAGAGGCAGAAGAAGGAGAAGGAAGAGGCGGAUCGCAAGGCAAAGGAGGCACAAGACGCGGCAGCAAGGGCGCAAGCACAGCAGACGCCCCAGAUCCAAGCACCACAGCCCACCCAGGUCGCUGCUCCCAUCGCUGCACCUGCACCAACUGCUAUAACAACAACACCCUCCUCAAGCUCGCGAGCGACCGCAGCCAACGUCAACCAGAUCCAUGCCAAAUAUCUGGAGCUUCAUUCCCGCAUGAAGCAAUUCCGGGUCGCCUUCGCAAACGAGCAUAAGCAGAAGAACAACCCGCUCAAAGAGAAGGUGGGCGACACUCGACGCAACAUCCGCCUGAGACUCGGCCAGAUCAACACCGACCGGAAGGCCAGCGUGGCUGCUAUCAAGAGGCUGCGCGAGGACUCGUUCAACAUUGCACUGAGCACCCCAGGACCCAUGAUUGACAUCCGCCCUUUCAUCAUAUCGCACGAGAUACCGCCGCUUGCGAACGAAGACGAGGCAAAAUACCCAGCCUUCCUCCUCUACAUGUGGAUAUGUUUCGAGAAGUCUGUUUUGAAGCAGUUUGACAAGGAGGCUGCAGGCUCGGACGGUCGUACCAUCCAAGAGAUCGGUCUUAUCGCUGCAAGUCUCCUUGCCGACCAGCGAUACAUGUGGAAAGGUAUUCCUCUCACCGACAUCGUCCUCGCGAAGCUACACCGCGUCUGCCCAAUCCUCUUCGGCGUGCAUGGCAGGAUGGAUACUGCCGAAGGCCGCAUUCGUCUCGGAUGGAUCAAGAGCUCCGACUCCGAGGGUGAGUACAGUCAACGUAUGCGUGGCUUCGGCGCCGGUUUUGCUGCUCUAUCUCUGCGCUCGUUCAACGCUAAAGCGCCUGCCGUGCCAAUGUCCGAUUACUGGCGCGCGAUUGCGUCAAUUUGUAACACGCCCAGUGAAGAUCUUUGGCCCGGACACUUUUCCCUCAUCCAUGGAUUGACCAAGGAUUAUUACAAGAAGUUCCUCACUUUCUACGGCGCUCCAGCGCGAGCUGUCCUACGUCGCGCGACCAUUGAUCUCCCUGCGCGUGCACCGCCACGGUGCAAGGAUGCGGCGGGUACAGUAGCCGUGUUGCCCCUGGGCUGGGAGAAGGACGGCAUUAACCUAAAUUAA